AACAAUUCCCGUUAUCCGCCAGUGUUACCGCACCCCACCCUCUUCGCCUUCCCCUUUCUCGCUCUUCCAGGCUUGAAGUCUCUUGGUUCUUGUCGUCCUCCCCCUCCUCAAUCUCUCAAUCGUCGGAUCGGAGGGGCGAGAGGGAGAUCGGACCAGAUCCAUGUCGGAGACUCCGCCGACCUUCCAGGAGGCGUCCCGCUGCGACGUAUGCCACUGCAGCUUCACGACUUUCCGCCGACGGCAUCACUGCCGAUGUUGUGGCAGGACCUUGUGCAAUGAACAUUCAUCGAAUCAAAUGGCUUUGCCACAAUUUGGCAUAUAUACAAAUGUUAGAGUUUGCUAUGACUGUUUCAACAAGACUUCUUGGUCUGGGAAAGAUGAUAAACAGACAUCUCAAAGUGCCAUUGGUGCUGCAACAGAUGCCAUUUCAAGAUUACAGAUGGAUAAAGAUACUGUUUCAGUAGCCAAAUCAACUUCAGGAGAUCCAACUGUCGGUGUUCCUGAGUGCAAAUGUGGAAUGCCUCUGUGCAUAUGUGAAGUUCCAACCCCAGAUCCAGCUCCCUUGCCGAUGAAGAAUAGCACUGUGUCAACGUUGCGGUCCAACCCAAGACCGAAGAAGGCUAUCAGUACACAGCAGUCAGUAGAAUCUGUUCCAAAGAAGCUUCCUCCUUCAUCAUCCAGCCACCAAAGCAGUUCAUUUUUCAAUGUCGGUCAAGCAAGCAAUGGUAGCUUAGAUAAGGGUCAUGCAGAUUAUGAUGUCAGUGGAGAGGGUCUAAGAGAAGCCAUUAAGAAUAGCGAUGCUACAGCUGUCAAAGAACUUCUUAGUAAGGGAGUGGAUGCAAAUUACUGUGACAAGCAAGGAUUAUCUUUGUUACAUCUGGCUGCAGUUUUUAAUCAGACUGAAAUUGCUUUCAUUCUCAUGGAUCAUGGAGCAAGCAUGGAAUGCAAGAAUGCACAAGGGGAAACACCUUUGGAUUGUGCUCCUGCCAUGCUGCAGUACAAAAUGCGUGAGAAGAUGCAAGCACUUGCAGGCAACAAACAGCCAGCUGGUGAUUUUGUAAAUUGAGUAUCGAAUUGAUUUUUAUCUGUAUAUUCACGUGAUUCCCUAAAGCUUAUCACUUCCACUCAACAAUGUGCCGCAUAUACUAACUGUUAUUGUUGUAGAGAACCAGCUUUUUCGUUGUGGGUUGGCCAAGUACUAAAUAAAUUGUUGAAAGUUUUUUUUUUUUGGGGGGGCAGAGGGUUGCCAUUCUUCUAGCUUCAGAAGCAAUUAUUUUCAUUACGACAUACCUUUAUGCCACCCAUGAAUCACUGUUGCUCGAACAGUGAAUCUUUUAGCAAAAUGAUUUUAAGGUCUAUUGUUC